AUGAUAGGCAUACUUGAAGAAGAAGAAGAAGAAGAAGAAGAAGAAGAAGAAGAAGAAGAAGAAGAAGAAGAAGAAGAAGAAGAAGAAGAAGAAGAAGAAGAAGAAGAAGAAGAAGAAGAAGAAGAAGAAGAAGAAGAAGAAGAAGAAGAAGAAGAAGAAGAAGAAGAAGAAGAAGAAGAAGAAGAAGAAGAAGAAGAAGAAGAAGAAGAAGAAGAAGAAGAAGAAGAAGAAGAAGAAGAAGAAGAAGAAGAAGAUGAAGAAGAAGAAGAUGAAGAAGAAGAAGAAGAAGAAGAAGAAGAAGAAGAAGAAGAUGAAGAAGAUGAAGAAGAAGAAGAAGAAGAAGAAGAAGAAGAAGAAGAAGAAGAAGAAGAAGAAGAAGAAGAAGAAGAUGAAGAUGAAGAAGAUGAUGAAGAAGAUGAAGAUGAAGAAGAUGAAGAUGAAGAAGAUGAUGAAGAAGAUGAAGAUGAAGAAGAAGAUGAAGAAGAAGAAGAUGAAGAAGAUGAAGAUGAAGAAGAAGAAGAUGAAGAAGAAGAAGAUGAAGAUGAAGAAGAAGAAGGUGAAGAAGAAGAUGAUGAAGAUGAAGAUGAAGAAGAUGAAGAUGAUGAAGAAGAAGAUGAUGAAGAAGAAGAAGAUGAUGAAGAAGAAGAAGAAGAAGAAGAAGAUGAAGAUGAAGAAGAUGAUGAAGAAGAUGAAGAUGAAGAAGAUGAAGAUGAAGAAGAUGAUGAAGAAGAUGAAGAUGAAGAAGAUGAUGAUGAAGAAGAUGAUGAAGAAGAUGAAGAUGAAGAAGAAGAUGAAGAAGAAGAAGAUGAAGAAGAAGAAGAUGAAGAAGAAGAAGAUGAAGAAGAAGAAGAUGAAGAUGAUGAAGAUGAAAAAGAUGAAGAAGAUUAA